UGUUCUUACGGUUGAAUUGAGAGAAAUCGGGUCAAAGAUGUUCAGAAUCAAUCGAUUCAUAAAACAAACAAGAACCUCCAUACUCACUUCAAACCAAUUCUUCAGCUAUGAACACAAUCUCUUUUGUCUUCCUCCUCAGCAAUCCUCAACCCUCUUCAUCCAGCAAUUCUGGGACAAACAAGCAAAGGAGAAAGAGCGUGCUAAGAUUAAAGAAGAGAUGAGUAGAGAUUACUUCGGCGACAUUAAAGAGCUAAGGAAACAUGGCGGAAAGAUUGCUGUGGCAAAUAAAACUAUCAUUCCAGUAAUGGCGGCUGUAAAGUUCCCUAACUUGGAUGUUAGUUACGCGGAUGGUAAAACUUUAAAGCUGCCAGUCUGUUCCGGUGGAGAUGUAGUUGGUGUUGACAAAUCAGUUAUCCCUAAAGCUUCCUUACUAUGUCUCACAUUUCGGGCAAGUUCACAGGCAAUGGUCAAUUCCUGGAGCACACCUUUUCUUGAAGCUUUUGGCAAUUCAAAAAAUAUUCACCUGUAUCAGGUGCCGUUUAUAGACAGGAGGAUGGUGUCGUUUAUAGACUCUUGGUACUUAUGUUUGAGUCCAAUUAAGAGGAUGUUUCUAAAGGCAGUGAGGAAAUCUAAUGAUGGAGGGAAGAAUGUGCUCCAGAGGCAGAUUGUUUAUUCAUUCGGUGACCAUUAUGACUUGAGAAAAGAACUUAAAAUACUGAACCUUUUGACUGGGUAUAUUUUCCUUCUUGACAAAUUUGGUAGAGUAAGAUGGCAAGGGUUCGGAUCUUCAACACCCGAGGAAUUAUCAUCUCUUCUUUCUUGUACAUCACUCCUUUUAGAAGAGGAAUGAGUGAAAAUUCGCUAGAAGGUGGCAAUAACUUGAGUAUUUUAAGCACAAUGAGAGGAUGGGAAUUUAAACCUCUGUGGGGACUCCAUUUUGUUGAAGAGGUCCUGAGUUAUAAUUUCUAAAAGCAACUGGUAGAAAAUAAAAAACUGAUUACGUUUAGAGUUGAGUGAAAUAUUUUGAAAACUCUGAAUUCUUUUUCUAA